GACGCUUUCAUCAUUUGAACAAUUUUGAAUUUCGUCGCCAUUGACAACCGCCAGCCAAAGUCAAACACAAACAUGUCUACAGAAGAAGAUCCAGAACUUCGAGAUCUUAUUGCAAAAACUCUCGAAAAUAAUGGUGUUCUUGGAAAAUUAAGAGCUCAGUUACGGGCAAGCACAUUUCUGGCAUUAGAUCAACAAGAAGAUCCUAAGGUCACUUUUCCAAACAGCAAUGUGGCUGUCCAGCAAUUUGCUUCAUCAAAGAAUGGAGCUGUCACAAUGUCCCUUGUACGAGAUUUCCUUACAUCAUUCAACAUGCAGUUUACACUAGCAGUGUUUGAUCCUGAAACAUGUGAAGGUGUUUCUUAUAAAAACAUGUCUCGUUCAAAUUUGGCGUCAGAGCUAGGAUUGGAAAAUGUGAAUCCUGAUGUUCCUCUUUUACAUGCAUUGGUUGCAAAUUCUAUAAAAGAACAAAAUCCGGCUGUUUCUGGAACAAACACUGAGAAAAAACUAACCUCAACAUCAAUAGAACUUAUUGAAGCAAAACUUGGAAAUCUCAAAGUACAGAAAAAUGAUGAUUAUGAUGAAGAUUUCCAGUCAUCUUCUGAAUCUUCAGUAUCAACACCCAAAAAUGAGAACAAAGAGGCUAGUGUGGAGGAAGACUUGGAUGUAUCCGCUUCAGACCUUUUAGCAAGUCAGAGUUCAAAUGCAGCAGAUACUGUGGAUAAGUCAACAUCAAAUUCUUCCUUGGGAAUUGCUGACCAUGUAGAAAAGCUUUGAUUUUCAAUCAGGGGUUGGUGUCAAAAACUUUAAA